UGUUGGUGUUUUGAUACUGGUCUCAGAUCUGAACCCAUCAUACGAACUGGAAGCAUUUAAUUCUGUGAAGUUAUUAUCAUGGGCAUUACUAAACUUUGUGAUUUAAUUCGCAGAGAAGCACCCAAUUCAGUCUCUUACAAGGAAAUUAGCGACUAUACAGGGAAAGUUAUUGCUGUGGAUACAUCCAUCGUUCUGAACCAGUUCCGCACCGCUGUCCCCGGAAUCCACAACCGCAAUGGGGUGAACCUGAGUCCUUUCACUGGUCUGUUCUAUCGCACCUUGCACUUUCUGGAACACGACAUCAAACCCGUCUUUGUGUUCGACGGAUGUCCGCCCGCACAGAAAAAAACUGUGCUGGAGAAAAGAGCAAAGGCAGCUGGCAUGACUGGCUCCUACAGAUACAACCCAGUUUCCACAAAGAUCCAGGACUGCCAGCGCCUCCUGAAGCUCUUGGGUGUGCCUUACAUCCAGGCGCCUGGAGAUGGGGAGGCGCUCUGUGCCCAGCUGGUGAAGGAGGGGAAGGUGGACGCCGUGGCCUCGGAGGACAUGGACACCAUGGCUUUCGGGAGCAAUCUGCUCAUCCGCCAGCUCAACGCUAAGAAGUCCAGUGAGGUCACAGAGUACUCUCUGCCCAAGUUGUUGGCUGCUCUGAAGCUGAAAUACGAAGAGUUCAUAGAUCUGUGCAUCCUGCUGGGCUGUGACUACUGUGAGAAGAUACAGGGCCUGGGACCCAAGAAAGCGCUGGCGCUGAUCCAGCAGCAUAAGACCAUAGAGAACGUGGUAUUGAACAUCAACAGAAGGACACACCCCGUCCCGCAGUGCUGGAGGUACAGGGAUGCUCGCAGGCUCUUCAUGGAGACUCCCGUGGGGAACGAGCCAGACCUGGCCUGGGCAGAGCCCAAUGAGGACGGGCUGGUCAACUUCCUGUGCCACGAGAAGCAUGUGAAAGUGGACCGGGUACGAGGCAGGAUGGAGAAGUUCCGUCAAAAUCUGAAGGAGAGGAGGAGAGAGCGAGAGGAGGACAAAAAGGCUGGGAAGAGCCAGCAGACGCGGAUGGAGGACUUCUUCCGUGUGACUCGUAAGAGGCAGGCGUCAGAGGUUCCAGACGCCACCCACAAAAAAAGAGCCAAGCAUCAGUGACCCUUUGGAAAUGGCUGCUAGGGUGAGCAGCAUCAUUUCAUUUUCUUGGGUGAAUCCUCUCCUGUUUGACAGAUGAAGAUCAAGAGUAAUGGAUCAUAACGGAAUGCAUUUGUAAACCAGCUUUCAGCCUCUCCAUGUUCCCAACGCCCUUUACAGUGACUCACCUCAACUACCACCAUGUAUACCACCCACAUGUGUGAUGCGUGGCAGCCAUUUUGUGCCAGAACACUCUUCACACAUCAUCUGAACUGGAGUGUGAGGGCAUGAUUUAGCCAAAUUGGGGGAUUUUUGGGCCAUGUGUGCCAUUAAAAAGGCCUCAUUGGGGAUUUGGCCAGGACAGCACGAAACCCCCUACUCCUUGCAAUAAGUGUCACGGGAUAAGGGCCACAGAGAGUCAGGACCUGAGUUUUCUGUUUAUUUUCAGUGUUUUUUUGUUUUUUUUUGACAGUGACAUCAUCUGAAACCUUCUGUUGUCUUUAUUAUGCCAUCCCAUCAUUUUGUUUGAUAAUGUAAAACGAUUUUAACUUUUCAAUCAUUCCAUA